UCCCUGUUUGGGGCAGUUCGGCCCGCAGAAGUCGGUUCGGGAGCUGUCAGCGCGGGCGGGUGCGUGGCGGGGCGCGGGGUGGGCGCGGCCGACCCCGUCCCCGACCCGGCCCGCUACCCACGACGUCCCGCGCGCCCGCACCGGGCCAGCUAGGCCGCCCGACUGCGUACGCGCCCCUUGCUUACUCGCUUGGUUCUCUCGGGAGCCGGCCGUCGGGCGGCGGGCGCCGGAGACCCCGCCGGGGCUGAGGCUAGGCAAGCGACGGUGAGGGCCCGGGUGCGACCUCCCCGCCAUGUCUUCGGCCUGCGACGCCAGCCGCCACUUCCCCUUGCAUCUCCUGGUCUGGAACAACGACUACCGGCAGCUGGAGAAGGAGCUGCGGGGCCAGAACGUGGAAGCUCUGGAUCCACGAGGUCGAAGCUUGUUGCACCUUGCCGUUUCUUUGGGACAUUUGGAAUCUGCUAGAGUCUUGCUCCGACACAAAGCAGAUGUCACAAAAGAAAAUCGCGAGGGAUGGACAGUUUUACACGAGGCCGUGAGCACUGGCGAUCCCGAGAUGGUGUACACAGUUCUUCAGCACCGAGACUACCACAACACGACCAUGGCCCUGGAGGGAGUUCCUGAGCUGCUCCGGAAGAUUCUUGAGGCUCCAGAUUUCUACGUGCAGAUGAAAUGGGAAUUCACCAGCUGGGUGCCCCUGGUUUCCAGAAUAUGCCCAAAUGAUGUCUGUCGCAUUUGGAAAAGUGGUGCCAAGCUGCGUGUGGAUAUCACAUUGCUGGGAUUUGAGAACAUGAGCUGGAUAAGAGGGAGGCGGAGUUUUAUAUUUAAGGGAGAAGACAACUGGGCGGAGUUGAUGGAGGUCAACCACGAUGACAAAGUGGUCACCACCGAACACUUUGACCUCUCCCAGGAAAUGGAGCGCCUCACUCUGGACUUGAUGAAGCCAAAAGGCAGGGAGGUUGAGAGGCGGCUCACAAGCCCAGUCAUUAACACCAGCCUCGAUACUAAAAACAUUGCUUUUGAAAGAACUAAAUCCGGAUUCUGGGGCUGGAGGACAGAUAAAGCAGAAGUUGUUAAUGGUUACGAAGCAAAGGUUUACACAGUGAACAAUGUGAGCGUGAUAACCAAAAUACGGACAGAACAUCUGACUGAGGAAGAAAAAAAGAGAUAUAAAGCGGACAGAAACCCACUGGAGUCUUUGCUGGGAACCGUGGAACACCAGUUUGGUGCCCAAGGGGACCUCACCACAGAAUGUGCCACCGCCAACAACCCCACAGCCAUCACUCCAGAUGAGUACUUCAACGAAGAGUUUGAUCUGAAAGACAGGGACAUCGGAAGGCCCAAAGAGCUGACGAUUAGAACACAAAAGUUCAAGGCAACACUGUGGAUGUGUGAGGAGUUUCCUCUCUCUCUUGUGGAACAGGUCAUUCCCAUCAUUGACCUGAUGGCCCGAACUAGUGCUCAUUUUGCCAGACUGAGAGAUUUCAUCAAACUGGAAUUUCCACCUGGAUUUCCUGUCAAAAUAGAAAUUCCAUUGUUUCAUGUCUUAAAUGCACGGAUUACAUUUGGAAACGUUAAUGGCUGUAGCACUGCUGAAGAAAACAUAUCUCAAAAUGCAGAAGGGACCCAGCUUGAUUCAGCUUCCCCUCUCACAAACUUCGAAGUUGAUCAGUCUGUGUUUGAAAUUCCCGAAUCUUACCAUGUUCAAGACAAUGGCAGAAACAUGCAUUUGCAGGACGAAGAUUACGAGAUAAUGCAGUUUGCCAUCCAGCAGAGCUUACUGGAGUCCACCAGAAGCCAGGAACUUUCAGGACCAGCUUCUAAUGGAGGCAUUGGCCAGGCACAUACCUACGACGCCCAGUACGAGAGAGCCAUCCAGGAGAGCCUCCUCACCAGCUCAGAAGGCCCUGGCGCCUGCAGUGAGACCAGCCGCUUUGACAGCGACCUGCAGCUGGCCAUGGAGCUCUCUGCCAAAGAGCUGGAGGAGCGUGAGCUUCGGCUGCAGGAGGAGGAGGCGGAGCUGCAGCAGGUCUUACAGCUGUCACUCACCGAGAAGUAGGCCCUCCCGCCUCCUGCCCACCCACACAAAGCAGACGCUCUGCCUGCGCCACGGAGGGACUGUGCCUCACCCCGAGGCAGCAGAAGGCAGCUGUCCCCUUCUUUAUGCAGAGGUGCCGGGCCACCCAGGUCCACCCACAACGCUCCCUAGGGAAGGAGCUGGGGUCCUGCGGCCCCACCUCCAGGCCUGAGGGGAGGAGAGCAUCAUCACUUUCCAUUAGCUGUGUUGGCUUGCAGGUCACAUUUUUACUACCAGCUUUAGAUAAAUACCCAACCCCCCGCAGGUUUGUAGAUUAAUUUUUAUUAAGGAGUGAUAACAAAAGUUCUUGCAGAGUCAGGGUGCUUUUAUAUAUGAGAGCAGCAGCCUUUGUAGAGUGUGGUGUAUGAGAAUCUAUGAGAUACUUCUUUACAGUUCACCAAAGAAAUGGGUCACCUGUGCCGAUCUGCUCUUUUGUUUGGACCUUUAUACAGGGUUUCUAGGGCAUUGUCCCUACCCCAUCUCCACCUUAAUUCCAUUCCUUCCACACCCAGCUAAAGCUAAAGAGGAGAUCUGUACAGGAUCUAUUUUAGAUUAGGGUUAACUAUUUGCAUCAAAUUAAGAUACACAAAUGACAACAGAUGUUGCCUUAGCCUUAAAAAUUACUACUAGUUUCCAGCCACCUCACUCCAGGUAUGGAAGGAUCUGAUUUGAAUUUGUCAAGGCAGUUCCUUUUGAGAGCGGGAUCCUCCAGGCUUAAUCCAAGGCAGCUAAUUCUGGCCCUGAAGGAGCAGCUAGGAGAACCUGAGGCUUGUUCUUGAAGUGGGCAGGCUGGCCAAAAUCUUCGAAUAGCGCAGAACCAAACCAAGGGUGUGUUCCCGGCCUUCUCUAGUGAAGGGUCUCCAGGCAGAGGACCAAGAAGACCCCACUUCGUGCCCUAGGCUCUUGGAGAGGAAGGGGUAUACCUGAAAUUAGAAAGGGAGCUACAUACGGAACUCAGUGGCUCUGUAUUCAAAAGGGAAAAUGUUUCCACGUUGCUUUUUAGAGUUCAAAUCAACAUCCUUCUGGAUAAAUAUAUUUUUUAACAGAAUCUUUUUAUUAUUUUUAAAAGAUAUAAAACCGACUACCCCCAUCAAUAGCAAUACAAGGUUAUACAUCUUAACCAGAUUUUUCUCAGGCCUUUUUUGGAUACCUUUAGUAGUUAACUAUUUUGUCUAACCCUUCUGUAAAUAACCAUCGUACAACAUGGAGAAGCCUGGGGAAUACAGCCGAGGGCACCUCACUCCACCUGGCGCACGUAUUCAUUCCCACAGGCUGCACUGAAAUCACCUAGCGACAACAUCCUCUCCUGUUUUGCAUCCAUUUCCUACCUGUUGCGCUGCUUUCGGGAUGGGACAGGAAGCAAAGUACCGUUCCAGUUGACGUCUGUAUAUACAGUUAGCGUUGCCAGGGAAACGUUCCCAGUCACAAAGAAUUGUGCUUUUGAUUCCAUGGAACCAUCUGGCUUUCUUGUCAUGGUCUGACCAAAAUUCCUUCUCUGCAUACAAGGCCAGUAUACGCAGCAUCACAGUCGUUUCAGAUACUCAGCUUGGCAUUCCGUUUACUCAGCGUUUACCGUGAGCGGGCACACAUCUUGGGAAUGGCUGCAGUUAGGCCACAUAGUUUACUCACUAAGUGAACAGAGGUGAUUUCUGUGUUUGCAUUCCAUUGUUCUGCUCCCCUAUGUCUUUGCCUUUCUCCCUGGGAAGUCAGUGAAAAAGGGACUGAGCUUUGUGUCACCACCACAGCAUUUUCCACUUAUGUGUUCAAUCUCUUAAAAGACAAAUAAAGACUGCUUCCUUAGAGGGUGCUCGUACGGUAUACUA